AUGAACUGUCAGCCUGACGAUUACCGCCAGCAGAACAACAUGGCGCCCAGCAAGUCCACAGCAAACGCAGAUGUCCCAGCCUCCCCGAGCGCUACCUAUUCUAGUUCUGUUCUUGCAACCUUGAAGUCGUCGAUACAGAACACGAAAGCGAAGCUCAACGCUCUCCGGCCAACCAAACAACCGAAGGUUACCAAACCAGGAACGAGGAGCAAGACGGUCGACGAGCGAGAGCGUCUCCAACGAACAGCAAAACGACUUUCCGUCAUCGAUGAGCCCGCUACUGGCCUUAAUGUCUCCUCCACCAGCGACGAACUGCGGAGCGACCCCGCAGCGUCAUCAAUCCUAUCCACCGGCUCCGAUCCCCAUCCUUCGCUCACAGCGCGCGACUUCGAAGUCGGCGGUACGCUUGGUCGUGGGAAAUUUGGGCGCGUAUACCUCGCCCGUCAUCUCGCGACAGAUUACGUGUGCGCUCUCAAGAUCAUAUCAAAAGCGCAGGCUACAACACAAGAAGAGGAGAAGUUGAUACGCCGCGAGCUAGAGAUCCAUCAAAACCUCGCGCAUAAGAACAUCUUGAAGUUACUGUCAUGGUUUCACGACGACGAAUCGAUAUACCUUGUGCUCGAAUUUGCUCCGGGUGGCAGUCUUUACUCGAAGAUGAACAAGCAGCCCAAGGGCAGGUUCACAGAGCAUCAAACAGCCGUCUAUAUCGCUCAACUCACGUCCGCACUACGCUACAUGCAUAGCAAAAACAUUAUGCACCGCGACAUCAAGCCCGAAAACAUACUACUUGGUUUCCACGGCGAGAUCAAGCUUGCUGACUUUGGAUACUCUGUACACUCAGAAUCAGGGUUCAGAUCAACGGUGUGCGGCACACUAGAUUACCUAAGCCCAGAGGUUGCGGUCAUGACGCUCAAGCCCGGAAUGAGCGGAGGGUGGUACACGAAGGCGAUCGACCAGUGGAGUCUGGGCGUCUUGAUGUACGAGCUUCUUGUGGGUAAGCCGCCAUUCGAGAUGAAAGACAUGAAGAGCACACAAAAGAAGAUUGCGAACUUCAAGGGUAAAGGCAUCAAGUUCCCAGGACAUGUCAGCGAGCGCGCGGAGGAGCUGAUUCGCGAGUUGCUCAAUUUGGAUGCUGAGAAGCGGAUGAGUCUUGACGACGUUAUGACACACCCUUGGAUCGUCGACCACGUCGCAAAGUCGGUUCAGUCAGGCAUCCGAUCAUUUGAUCAGCUGCUUCAGCUUGGUGCCUGA